AUGCUAGCCGCUACUGUUCUCACAAUCUUAAUUAUAAUAACCUUGGUUGCAUCGUGUAUUGAUAACAGUACAGCUACUACCAGCGCUGAAUCACAUUAUUUUGCAAUUCGCGAUGGUGCUUUACGUGCCUUUGUGAUGAAACUAACUCGUGGAGAUAACAAACAUAACAACCAACACAACAGUGACAUCAAUACUGUGGCAGCUGAUUCAACCAUAAAAGGUUGUUUCUUUUCUGGUUAUGAUUUUUCUUUUUUAAAUCGUAAUAAUGGUAGCGAUUAUAUUGGCACAGAUGUGGGAGUUAUUACUAAUACAUACAAAAUGAAUAUCUGUGGCCCAGUAAAUGAUGGCGCAUGUCAAUAUUCAUGGAGAAUUCCAACUUCUGUGUGUUAUAUUUGUACUCGGGGUAAUCCUCAUGUACUAGGUAGUGUCACUUUGAUCGGUGCAUUUGGUGCUGACGGUGCCGGAGUAGCGUGGAAUUUUAUUGAUUCACUUAAACCGGAACUUGGUGUGACCAUGACAUAUAUCAAUGGAAACAAUCGAGACACAUGCGAGCGUCCGAGUGCUCAGCAAUGCUCACCAGCAACCGUUGUUGCUUUACAAUGUGCUGAUCAAACUGAACACACUUUCCAGCAAGUUUUGGAUGAGAAAACUUGA